CCCCCCAAAUCGCGCGGCACCCAGCGCCUCCCAACGUCCACAUUCCUUUCCUUGCGACGCGCCCAUGACAUAUGCGCCGCGUUCGCCCAACAUCGGCGGCCUCCAGCCACGGCCCCGCCGUUCCCGCCUUCUCAGCCGAACGACACAGCUCCUCGCCCUUAGAUUUGGUUGGGUCGUCGUCGUGAUCUGGUACGAGGCCGGCGAGUUCUUCAGCUCGCUUUCGAGCUGCCGCUUCCCCGAUUCCAAGCUACGACAGGUCUCGGGCACGGACCCAACUCAUGUCGUUCUCGUCGCCGAUCCGCACGUGCCGCAUCCCAUCCUAUCACACCCAGAAAACGCUCGACCAUGGGUCAACAGCGUGCGCCAGCAUAUGGAGGAGCUGUUCAUGCGCAAGAGCUGGAACGUCGUCCGCCGCUUGGGACGCAUUGACGCAGUCGUCUUCCUUGGUGACAUGCUCGAUUGGGGACGAGGGAAUCUCUCAGAUCAAGAAUACGAGGAUUAUUAUCAGCUCUUCCUUUCGAUCUUUACGUUACCCCAGGACGUCAAGACGUACUAUAUUCCCGGAAACAACGACAUUCCCCUGGCGCGGACGAGCCGAUACUUCUCCCCUCUUGCUCGGCAGCGCUACGUUGAACACUUUGGCGCACCCAACCAAGUUGUUAACAUUUCUAACCACUCGCUCGUUCUGCUUGAUGCCAUCGGGCUUGUCGAGGAAGAUUACCGCCGUUAUGCGUCAGAGGUACAAUUUGGCGAGUGGGACGGCGUCCGCGGCGGGGUCAUUGAGUUUGUCAAGAAGGUCGGCCAAGAGCGCCCCCCAUCACCAAUUCUUGUCUCGCACAUCCCGCUCGCACGCCCCGAGUCGGCAACAUGCGGCCCACUAAGCGAGCACGGCCGCAUUCUUAAAGGCGUUGGACCAGGAUACCAGAACCUGUUGGGGUCUGAGACGAGCCGCUUCCUGCUCAAUGAGAUCAAACCCGACAUUGUUUUCAGUGGAGACGACCACGACUAUUGCGAAAUAUCCCACGGCGGUCGCAUCAGGGAGGUGACUGUCAAAUCGUUUAGCUCAAACGCAGGCGUUCGCCGCCCCGGUCUCCAGCUUCUGUCCCUUGUCCCACCACAACCUGGAGAAGCAGGCAUCGCCGAUGUUCCCUGCAUCCUCCCUGAUCAGUUGGGCGUGUACCAGCGCGUCUACGCCCCGCUCAUUAUCCUCACAUUUAUCUAUCUCUUUUACAUGAACAUUCGCGCAGCAUGGUCGCGCACACACCGCCUCUCCGAGAAGAGUCGGCUCCACAUCGUCGAGGAGAAGCUUGAGCGCCCGGUGCCGCUCACACUUCCUUCUCGGCGAUCGGCACAGCAUUUGCAGACGUUGACGAUGACUAGGGAACGGCACAGUGGCGCAGGUCUAUCACCAGGCCCGUCGGCACCAGCGUCUCCGAUCGCGAGCCCUCGCUUGGGGUUGCACGACGAUGAUGACACGCACUCGCCGUCUCUCUCGCGCCGCUCCAGUUAUGGCGCCGACUUGAACCACGCCGACUACCCCACCCCGCGGAGGAGUGCUAGCGGCGGCCUCUUGCCUCUUCCGAACAACACGCAGACGCCUCGCCGGGUUGUCACGCUCCCGCGCAUGAUGAGCGCGAGCGAGUGGGCGUCCGCUGCAAAAGCCAAGGAUAUGAGUGUACUCAGCCUUGUGGCUGACCAGAGCCGGGGGCCGAUCCACCGUGCCAGGAGUUUCGCGCGCUGGCUAUGGCGGACGCGCCACAGCGUUAUUGUGCGCAGCACAGGUGACAUGCUCGGCAUUGCGUUGCCUGCUAUAUUAGUGUGGUGUCUUCUGAACGCCAUGUUUGCGGGGUGGCUCUUCUAGCACCAAGCAAAGGACAUUAUGGACAAACGUCGCCUGUAAGCAUGACCAAUAUGUAGUCUUACUGUUCUGAGGGACGUUGGAGAUGUACGGACGGGGGGCUUAUGCAUUCACGAGUAGUUAUGUC